AUGGCCCGCUAUUUAUCGCCACGAAAUGAUGAUGAUUGGUCGGAUCGAAUGCACUAUUUAUAUACGCCGAAUAUUCUCUUGGCUUUCUCGAUUUUGGUCUCGUUUAAGCAAUUCGGUGGACGACCGUUGGAGUGCAUGUUUCCGAAUAAAUUCCCCGGAUCUUGGGAACAGUACGCGGAGAACUUUUGCUGGUCCCAGGACACGUAUUUCGUCGAACCCGACAAACACGUUGAAGCGAUGGUCCAAGAAGAAAGAACAGCCGCUCAUCGCCAGCUCUCCUAUUAUCAAUGGGUUCCUUUCUUUCUUCUACUCCAAGCUGCCUUUUUUCGAGCUCCAAGUCUCCUAUGGAAAUAUUUCUCGAAUCAUUCAGGAAUCCGAAUUCAUGAGGUUGUUGAAAAAGCUCAAGAUGCGGCGAAUGUCGACGAGAAUAUUCGGGAACAAAAUGUCAAUUUACUCGAAAAGCAUCUCAAGAAAGCGCUCAGAUUUCAGAGGAGAAUGGAAAAGAAAAAAGUUGUCAUCCAUCAAACAGUCGCUUGCUUGAAUUUUCAAUACUCGGCAAGUUUCAUCUCUUCAAUCUACAUGAUCACAAAAGUGAUCUAUUUGGCGAAUGUCAUACUUCAGUUGUGGUUGAUGAAUUAUUUUCUACGCACCGAUCGCUAUGGUUGGUAUGGGAUCGAUGUUCUUUAUGAUAUAAUCAAAGGAGUUAAAUGGGAGACAAGUGGCUUCUUCCCGAGGUCAUCCGUUUGCGAUUUCACGGUGCGCCAACUCGCGAACAUUCAAAAAUACUCAGUACAAUGCGUGCUGGUGAUCAACAUUUUCAACGAGAAAAUCUUCAUUCUCAUGUGGUUUUGGUAUCUGCUCCUCCUCGCCUCAUCUCUCUUUUCCGUUGUUUAUUGGGUGAUUCUCAUCUCGUGUCCGUGUUUUUCUCGUUGGUUCAUCGGGCAACACCUCGAAUUGAGCUCUCUCGGCGGAUUCACAACCAGGAAUAAAAAAUGUCGGGAUGAUGUUUUCAAAUUUGUGCACGGCUACCUGCAUCGUGAUGGGGUUUUCGUCUUGAGAAUGGUUUCCCUCCACGCUGGCAUCAUUUUCACGACAGAUCUCGUCUUAGCAUUGUGGAAAGAAUUCUAUGGGAUUGAGCAAAAGGUU